GGUGGAGGAGGAGGAGGCGGCGGAGGAGGUGGAGUGCGGAGAACCCCCCCCCCCCCGACACACACACACCUCCGUUUUUAAGAUCACAAUCGGGUUGGUUUGAUCGGCGGUAACUGCGCUCGUUUAACCCCAGCAGGCUUGUCAGCGAAGACGCCGAGGAAGGUGGGGGUGGAGGUGGAGAUCCCACAGCCGAUCUGUUCUUCAGUGGCUUUGACAAGAUACAGGAAUAUCACACUCAUGUGUCCGCGAGGUUCUCUCCUCUCCUCAUCAGUCGACAUAAUGCUGACCUUCAUCUGAGCCCCUGACUACAUCUAUCCAAUCCUGCACCCCAACCUUUCCUUCCCCCAUCUCCCCGCUCCCUACACCUUCCUCUCGGCACCAUCAUGACCAGUCUCAAACGUUCCCAGACGGAGCGUUCGGUCGGGGGCUCGGUGCCCGCUACUGAUGAGUUUUACACCCGCAGGCUGCGGCUGCCCAACGGUGGUGCUCCGCCGCCCCGCAGCGAGAGCGCCCACAUCACAUCUUCCUCCAGCACGGGCACCAACCCCGGUGUGCCGAAGAUGGGGGUCCGUGCCCGCGUGGCUGACUGGCCCCCAAGGAAAGAUGGAGGGGGAGCUGCCGUGUGGCACAUCACCGUUGAGACAGACUCUCCCAGCUCCAUCACCACCACCAGCUCUUCGGGACCGGGAGGCGGAGAAAGGGAGCGAGUUGCAGGAGGGGGUGGUGGAGGAGGAGGAGGAGGCGGCGUAUCUGCCGUCACAGCCCACAGUAACUUGUCAGCCAAGCUGGGUCACCUGAUCAGCCCUCAGGAUUCCUCUAUGCUGCGCAACAUUCACAACACCCUCAAGAGCAAGAUGCAGAGCAAGGGAAAGGACAACCGCUUCCUGUCACCUGACGGCUACCUGGGCUCACCCCGCAAAGGCAUGAGGCGCAUCCGCCAGCGCAGCAACAGCGACAUAACCAUCAGCGAGCUGGAUGGGGACAGCAACGAAGGGUGGUCCUUCUCUGGGUGGACACCCAUGCACCGCGAGUACGGCAGCACCUCGUCCAUUGACAAGCACGGAGUUUCAGGGGAGAGCUUCUUUGACAUGCUGAAGGGCUACCAGUCUGCUGAUGCCCCCGAUCAGCGCAGCCCAGCUCCAGAGAGGCUUGGCGAGAUCCUCACUGUGGCCCCCAUCAAACAGGCUGCCUUGGACCUGCCCGACGGACCCCUGGGGCCAGCCCGAGGAAGCCCCGCCAGCCGCCUGAAGGAACGGGAGAAGCAGCUGAAGAGGAGGUCAAAGUCUGAGACGGGUGGAGAGUCCAUAUUCCGCAAGCUGCGCAGCGUGAAGGUGGACGGGGACUCAUCUCGGGCCGGCUCAGACGCAGAGGACGGAGGUAAAGGGGAUGAGAGCGGCCCCCCUCCGAAGCCAUGGGUCUGCCAGAAAGGCUUUGCCCACUUUGACGUUCAGUCUCUUCUUUUCGACCUCAACGAGGCCGUCCAGAGCCGUCAGUCAGGGUCCAAACGCAAGAACACCACCACCGGUGCCUCUGCCGCUGCUGCCGCCUCAGCCUCCUCUGUCCUCCCCUCUGGUCAGAGCGGAGCCUAUGGAUCGCCAUGUGGUUCCCUGGAGGAGCUGAGCUCCAGGGAAGGGACGGGUGGAGGCCAUGGCACCAACCCAGCACUGGACCCGGGUGAUGACAAGAGCAACGACCUCGUGCUCAGCUGCCCGUGCUUCAGAAAUGAGAUCGGAGGAGAGGGCGAGAGGAGCAUCUGCCCUUCCAAGCAGAAGGGCAGUAUAGGCAGCGGUGGGAGCUCUAGCAGCGCUUCGGGCAGUAUGGAGGAAGGGCCCUUGGAGGCCACCCUCACUACUCACUUCACCAAUGCUGGCGUGGCUGUACUGGAGGUUUCCAAGGAUGGACAGAGCCAGCAUGCUGACAGGACCAAGAGGUACAUUGUGGAGCAUGUGGACCUCGGUGCCUACUACUACCGCAAGUACUUUUACCUCAGAGAGCACUGGAACUACCUGGGGGUGGAUGAGACGCUGGGCCCGGUGGCGGUGAGUCUGAGAAGGGAGAAGCUGGAGGAGCACAAGGACCACGGCCAGCAGUACAACUACAGAGUGAUCUUCAGGACGAGCGAGCUGACAACCCUGCGCGGGUCCAUCCUGGAGGAUGGCGUUCCCUCCACCUCCAAGCACGGUCUGGCUCGAGGCCUGCCCCUCAAAGAGGUGCUGGAGUACCUGGUGCCCGAGCUCAACGUUCACUGCCUACGACUGGCCCUCAACACACCCAAGGUCACGGAGCAGCUGAUGAAGCUGGAUGAGCAAGGGCUGAGCUUCCAGCUGAAGGUGGGGGUGAUGUACUGCACAACGGGCCAGAGCAGCGAGGAGGAGAUGUACAACAAUGAGUCAGCGGGACCCGCCUUGGAGGAGUUCCUCCAGUUGCUGGGCGAGAGGGUGCGACUCAAAGGCUUCGCCAAGUACCGUGCCCAGCUGGACACCAAGACUGACUCAACGGGCACCCACUCCCUGUACACCACACACAAGGAUUAUGAGAUCAUGUUCCAUAUAUCCACUAUGCUCCCCUACACACCCAACAAUAAACAGCAGCUGCUGAGGAAGCGUCACAUAGGGAACGAUAUCGUCACCAUCGUGUUCCAGGAACCCGGGGCGCUGGCCUUCACGCCCAAGAACAUCCGCUCCCACUUCCAACAUGUCUUUGUGGUGGUACGCGCACACAACCCCUGCUCCGACAACACCUGCUACAGUGUGGCAGUCACCCGCUCCAAAGACGUACCCGCCUUUGGCCCCCCUAUCCCGGAGGGCGUGACUUUCCCAAAGUCCUCUGUUUUUCGGGACUUCCUGCUGGCCAAGGUCAUCAACGCUGAGAACGCAGCCCACAAGUCACACAAGUUCCGCGCCAUGGCCACGCGUACCCGCCAGGAGUACCUGCGAGACCUGGCCGAGCGCCACACCACCAGCACGCCUAUCGACCCCUCGGGAAAGUUCCCCUUCAUCUCGCUGGCCCACAAGAAGAAGGAGAAGAGCCGGCCUUAUGCAGGGGCUGAGCUACGCAGCCUGGGGGCGGUGACCUGGGCGGUCCACGCCGAGGACCAUGGAAGCGGAGGUGAGCUGGAGGCCCUGCUGGCCAUCUCCAAUGACUUUAUCAUCAUACUGGACCAGGAGGCCAAGGCUGUGGUGUUGAACUGCGCCACCAAGGACGUGAUCGGCUGGACGCUGAGCAGCCCUGCCUCCAUGCGGAUAUUCUACGAGCGAGGGGAGAGCGUGUCUCUGAGAAGCGUGGGCAACAACACUGAGGACUUCAAAGAGGUGGUCAAACGUCUGGAGUUACUGACUAAAGGCUGUGAUACAUCAGAGAUGACGCUGCGUCGGAACGGCCUGGGUCAGCUGGGCUUCCAUGUGAACUACGAGGGCAUUGUGGCCGAGGUGGAGCCCUACGGCUACGCCUGGCAGGCGGGGCUACGGCAGGGCAGCCGGCUGGUGGAGAUCUGCAAGGUGGCCGUGGCGACGCUCACCCACGAGCAGAUGAUAGACCUGCUGCGGACCUCAGUGACGGUACGCGUGGUCAUCAUCCCGCCGCACGACGACGCCACGCCACGCAGGGGCUGCUCAGAGCUCUACCGCAUGCCUGUCGUGGAGUACAAGAGCAGCAGCAGCGAUGGCGGCUCCUUCGAAUACAAGUUCCCCUUUCGCAGCAACAACAAUAAGUGGCAGAGGACCUCCAGCAGCCCCCAGCAGUCGCUGACGGCCUCGCCCCAGCCCCACACCCCGAACCGGGCCGUCAGCCUGGGCAGCUCCAUGGGCAAGACCCUGUCAGCGGAGAGGCUGGAGAGGGGCGCCGUCAUCCCGCGCAGUGUCAGCAGCGAUGGACGGCCCAUGGACACCAAGAGGAUGUCUCCGGGCAGUGACAGCUACAGCCUGGCCUCCUCCUUUGCUCUGGGCCGCUCCCCUCACAACCGCAGCUCCCCCAGCAACCUCUCCUGCUCCAGCGACGCGUCUGCAGGCUCCGCACACUGGAGACAGAAGUCCAUGCCUGAACAAUUUGCUGGAAACCGUCACUCUCCCAUGUCCUCAGAGAGACAGGCGGUGGGAGAAGGCGCGUCAAGCGGCAAGGCCACUCCCAAUUGGUCGAGAAUGGAGGAAGGGGGAGGAGUCGAACGGGGGUCGACAGAAACGCCCGUCUCAAAGUCAGGUCCGGGCUACUCGGGAGCCCCCCGCAUCCAGAGGCAGGAACAAGUCAUCCACCUGUCUCCCAAGAAGGGCAGCCAGUCGGAUGGCCCCUACUCCGGUCACUCCAGCAGCAAUACUUUAUCCAGCACAGCGUCCAGCGGUGGCCACAGCGACAGUGAAAAAUGGUACGAACAGGGAGCUGGCGGCGGCUCCAGCGGGGACCAGGCUGACACCGAGCCCAACGGCCUGGGAGGAGGAGGAUACCUCCAGGGUGCCUCUGCCGACAGCGGCAUCGACACCAGCUCCUAUGGAGUUCCACACCACGCCCACCCCCACUCCCACCACGGCAGCUCCACUUCCUUGCUGGCACCCAGCGGCGGGAGGGAGGGCAGGGAGCGGGCGGCUUCCCCCUGGCACAGUCCCACCGAGGGCGGCCGGAGGAUGCUGGAGAGGUCCCCCGCUGCUGCCGAGUCCCCGGGGCUUCCGGGGGAGAGGAGCCUGGACGGGACGGGGCGAACCCCGCCCACUCACCUCCUGGUUCGGGACAGCAGCACCUACAGUCUGAGCGAUGGCGGAUCUCACUCCAGACACUCAGGCCACAGCUCCCCACGAGAGGAGUCCUCCUCCUCAACCACUUCUCCCUCCUCCCAGACCUCGGUGUCCCCGGGGCCCAAGACUUUCUACCCGCGCCAGGGAGCUCAGUCCAAGUACCUGAUUGGCUGGAGGAAGCCCGGCUCCACCAUCAACUCUGUAGACUUUGGAGACACACGCAAGAAGUCUCCAGGAGAGAGUGGGGUGGAACUGGCGCCCACCCCGGCACCCAGGCCCUCCCUGCGGGACAUGCAUUCCCCUCAGCCCCAUGCCAAGUCCACCAUGGAGGAGGACCUGAAAAGGCACAAUGCCCCUGACAGCCCCCCGCCGCCACCACGCAGACACAAGGACAAGUCCUCUCCGUCUGCCCAGCCCCCGAGCCGGCGUCGCUCGCUCCAUCGCACCCUGUCAGAUGAGAGCAUCUACCGUGGCCAGCGGCUGCCCUCCAUCAGCGACUCGGUGGCCGACCCGGCCCUGGGCUCCGACGUCCUCUUCAGUUGCUCCACCGUGCCACGCUCGCCCACCACCCGCGGCGUGCCCCUUCGACGGCCCUCAUACAAGCUGGGUGUCAAGCUCCACGGUGACCUCUCUGCAUCGGACACGUCGUUGGUUGAACUGGUGGAACGCCACCGCGGUCCCAUCCCGCAGGAAUUGAUGCCCCUGCCGCCCUCCGACAGGGACAGCCCUCUGGACUGGACACUCCUCGUGGAUGUGGCCAACACCUUUGAGAUCCAGCGAGGCUAUGUGUUUGGAGAUGCAAACCACCGGGGCAGCGGUGCCUCCAGUCCCCAGCAGCCCCACAUCGAGCUGCAGCCUGCCCCUCUGUCCAGGCCCUCAUCCAGCGAGGGGCACAUAGGGCUGGAGAGGAAGGUGACGAAGCUGGAAGCGAUGGUCAAGAUGCUGCAAGAGGAUCUGAAGAAGGAGCGAGAGGAGAAGGUGCGGCUCCAGGCCCAGAUCAAGAGGCUGUGGGAGGACAACCAGAGACUACAGGAGGAGUCCCAGACCUCAGCCACCAAGCUCAAGAAGUUCACCGAGUGGGUCUUCAACACUAUCGACAUGAACUGACCGCGGCGCACAUGCCGUCUUGAACACACAAACACAAAUACAGAAACACAAGCACAACUGUACACAGCCGCACACAGUCUGAGAGGGAGGCAUAUAAUAUGAGCAUCAUUCACCGCAGGUUCGAGGAUUUGUUUCCGAUUCUUUGACUGCUAAACUCCCGAGCAGCAAGGACACGUCUCUUCCUCAAGCUUCAGCUGAAGAGGUCGUUAUUAUCCCCUAACCCGUCCCCCUCAACCCACAAUCCCCUUGUGAUACCACUAAGGAUGCGACUCUGGGGGAAAACCAGAUGCCGUUUAUCGGAUAAUGAAGGACUUCCCUCUGUUCUCCUACCGUGCCAAAAGACUCGUCACCACAUGGACCUUUCUCUUCCCUCGCCUGGCCAAAAUAUUUUCACCAAAUUGCCAACAAACGGGAGCGCUGCUUUCCCUCGAAUCUUUUUUGAUCCGGGUGUGUCACUGGUCUUCUUUUUUUUCCCCCAGCGACAAAGAUCUCCCCCCCUCCCGCUUGCUCUCAGUUUACGGACUUCUCUUUUCAGGAUGACUUGGAUAUGUGACCUCCCAAGGUACUUGAUAGGUUGUGCUUUUAUUCACUCCCACCACCCCCAAAAGAGAAAACUUCCAUCUCGCCUUUUCCUAUCAGUGAGUUUGGACUCUAUCUGCAGUCUGUUGAAGUUGGUCCAACCUUCCCCAGGAGAGAUGCUCCCUGGAAUGCAGGUGACUUUAACACCGAGGUCUUUCAGACGUUAAAACGUCAAGUCAGACAGCCGGACGACAGUCCAGCCAGCCCGGCAUGCAGGUGUCUGCACUAACACACACACACACCACACACACCACAUUUUGACAACUCUGACAGACCGCAGGGUAGAUUUCCGUUUCCUUGUUCCACUGACGGGGGCUGAAGAAGUGCAGAGCUUCCCUGUGCUGUCUCCGUUUCCUAGCAGCAGAAGUUUAUCUGACCUAUUGGUUUCAAACUACGGCUUUUUCCUCUACCAGCCAUUGACUGAGAGGAGAUGUGCUUUUAUACCGGGUUUGCUCAUUACCCCCCUCUGUAUCCGUGAGGUCCAGGCUGCCAUUCCUGUCUAGAACUGCCGCACAAGUAGAGUCUUAACUCCAGUAUAUUCAGAAGCCAUCAGCAUUGGUGCCAUAUUAAAAACACUGAUGUCCAGAGUGCUUUGGUUAACUGUCCAUGUCUUAAAAGCAAUAGGAAGACAUUUUGACUCUUUCUGUCCCUCUCAAAAGAAGGAAAAGGGACGGGUUCGACUCGGAAUCAGACGUGUUGAACCAGGCUUGGGAGUCGGACCUGCCGUCCCCCUGCCACACACACAAAAAGACCAAAGUCCCUUCCACAUAAGCAAUCAAGACUUCUUCAGGUUCUGACGAGGCACACCCAACGAAGGGACGUGGAACAGAGAGGACUUCCACUUAAAAGGAGGGUUGAAACCCGACCGACCAUAAAUGACGAGACAUUUUUGGGCGGGUUGGGGUGUGGGUGGGAGGUGUUCCCA